AUGUCGUUUGAAGUUUUAGAUUUUAUACCAGAUUCUGAGGUUAAUAAGAAAAGAUUGUAUGAACCUAGAUUCAGUAAAAGGGUUGAAGAGAAUUUAAAGAAAUUGACCAUCGAUGGAGAUAUUACCCCAUAUAAAGAAAAGAAAAAGAAAGAACAUACAAUUAUAGAUCCAAUUACAAAGAAUCCAGUUCUCAAGAAGUUAGAAAAAAACUCGAUAUUAAAACUAUUGGUCAGCUUUAAAAAAGGUUCACAGUUAAAUAUUAGAAAAAAUAGAUUAUUUAAAUUUGAUGUCUCAAAUACUUUAAAUGAUGACUCACAAAUAUUUUUAGAUCCAAUCGAUCAUAGAUUUCCAGAUUUCUCCCAAAUUUUCCUCAAUAGAUUUUCAGUUUCAAAUUGCAUUAAUCACAACCCAUUUCCAAUUGUAUUGCAUUUCAGUGGUUUACCAAAGUCUUUAGGUUUAUCUUUCAAAGAGAAAUCUUUCAAUAUUUUAGUUCCCUCAAAUACCACCUCUGUAAAUUGUUCGAGUGUCAAGCAACAUUUAGUUAAUGGUUCAAAAAAGAAAUCAAAUGGUGAAGAUGACCCAAUUCCAAAACCAAUUUUCGAAUCUAAUAAAAUUUAUUCACAUCCAUCUAUUUAUCCAACUGAACUUUUAUUAAAGGAAACACCACACGCAUUUGUUCCAUGUCAAGAUACAGAUUUUGGUAGAACAUGUGAAUCAGCUUCUCUUCACACAAAUGAAAAAUACCAUCUUUUUAAUAUUUUCAAUUUUUGUGUUGAAGUAGAAAAAUCAGACGGAUCAAAUUUCAAAAAGGAAGACAACGCAUUAGUUUCAUUUGAAAUAGAACUCAAAUAUUACUUUCUUCAUUAUUUCUCUGGAAAAGAUAAACUCAUGGAAAAAAAAGAAGCAAAACUUUACGGCAAAGUUUAA